CUUCUCGAGUAGUACUCAAGUUAAAUUAAGUUGAGCAGCGAUUUUUACUACUCGAGCUAAGUGGAAUAAGUGUUACUACUCAACUCAACAACUCGAAUUUAAUGUGCUGUGUAGGACAAGAUAUUACAACCUAUCUACACGGCUUUAACCUUACUCUUCUCCAUAACACCCACCCUUUUCCCAACCCACUCGCUUCGAAGUCCCAUCUCCAAAUCCGCAGCCAUAAAAUCCACACAAUUCUCCAGCACAGAAAAACAGCUCUGUGACUGCGCCAUAACAUUCAAAUAAUUUCCAAUCAGCGGCACGCAUCGGAAUCUCUCAGUCCAAGCCGGUGGGGCGUCAGAUUUCGCUACAAGAUUACUGGCCGCGUCUGUAUCAGCAGGAUAUCGGGGCGUGUCGUAUCUAGGAAACAUCUGGGUAGCGCAGAAGAGUGACCAGGCCAGCUCUUCAACGGGGUGUGAUUUGAUCAACAUAUAAUUCGGCUUGUGUGCUGGGAACAUCGGUAUGCUGAGGAGAAUUGUAUCAGAUGCCAAUAAAUCUACAGCAAGAGUCAGGGAUGCUUACUAGUCGGCCAUCAUAUACGGUUUCUUGGGACUAUCUAGUAUGCCAAAGCCACUCAUGAGCCAACAUCGGAUAGGCGCCCCUCCACGUUCACGUCCAGCUUCUAGAGCAGCCGCCUUUACGACAGCUGCAAAAAUGGUCGAGAAAUCUCCUUGGGAAUGGAACCUAGUCAUAGGAGCCACACCGGCUGCAUUGACGAUUGCGUCACAGCUGUGAGAGGUGAUUGCAGCUUUGAUGGCUUCGCUGUCGGUAGCCGAACCGGUGACAAUAGAAUCGAUUUUGGACUUUGCUUCAGAAGGGAUCUUGGAAGGUGUCCGGACGUACGCAACGACUUGGUGGUUUCGAGCAAGGAGAGCGGGAAGCAUCCGAGAUCCAACGUUUCCCGUAACUCCCAGCAAAAGUACUUUCAUCUUAUAUUGAGAAGUUGGAGAUUAAAAUUAGGUUUUGUUGAACAAUAAGUUUCAAAAUCUAAUAUACAUCGAACGAGAUCGAGAGAGUCUUUAUACGAUAUUUCAUUGUAUAUAUUUUUUUAAAAUAAAGGCUAGGUAGUUCGGACUAUGGCUCGCUACCGAGAUGAUUGCUAAGAUCUCGGUAGCAAUCGGUAGCAACGAAGUCCGAGUCUGAAUCCACGACCACAAAAUCAUAGCCAAUUCCUCAGACAAGGAAAGAAGUUAAUAUGAAUCCACUUGCUGAUGAGUCCAUGUUAGUUUUAUCAUAAUUCCCAACAAGCUCCAGCUUCAUCAUGACCGAUUCAAUUUCCCCAAAACCGCGACAAUGGGCAGAUGUACCAUUUCCAUUAAUCGAGACACCAAAGUACAAAGAAAGAAAGGUUCCAUCUACUUCUUCGACCAAUCCUUUUUAAGAUGAAAGCUGAUCUUUCUCCAGACAGGAUAUACCGAUCCAUACACAGAAACUGCAAGCACAAUGUGUGUUGUCCAUAACUCACUACUCCGCGGCCUCAACAGUAUCUAUAAUCAGGGAUCAAACAUUCAACCGACCGAUUAUAAAGACUUCAUUGGAUAUAGCUUAUGCUGGCACUCUGUUGUUCACGAGCACCAUACUAACGAGGAAGAUCAGUUUUUUCCCGAGAUUGAGGAGGCGGUUGGUGAGAAAGGCAUAAUGGAGGAAAAUAUUCAGCAACACAGUACGCCAGGCUGUUUCUUUGGUUCUACAAAUUAAGUUGCUGCUUGCAAACAUCCAUAAUGAACCUCACACUCCCAAAUUUACUAGAAGUUUUCUCUAUUGCUGGAUCAUACCCGACUAACACCAUCCAACCAGCAUCCUUCCAAUCCGGCCUAGACGACUUCAAAGCCUACCUCACAAACCUCUCAGGCAAAGAACCCACCUUCAACGCAUCCCACCUGAACAACAUAAUCACCUCCUUCGCGCCCGCCCUCCACACCCACCUCACAUCCGAGAUCCUUAGCCUCCUCAACUUAAAAAAGUACGGAAGCACCCUCCCCAUAGCGGACCUCUGGAACAAAGAAGGGAAACAAACCGUGGUACUAUCCUCCUCUUUAAAAAUAUGAGCUUCUCGCUAACAUAGCAGACCACAAUGCCAAAACUCAGUGCCCUCCCAUUUUUCUUUCUUAAUUUGGAUGUUACUCAUGAAGAGUACUUAUGGCAGGAUUGGCCACCCAUUCCUGGUGCUGCGAGGUGGGCGAUUACGCAUUGUUUUACGUUGUGGAAUCGGGGGUAUUGGAGGUUUGCUGGCUGUGACUCGAAUGGAGUGCCGAAGCCUCUUUGUGCUUAGGGUUGAGCUGGAGAACAUUCAUAUUUUGGACUUGUGCUUUAAUGUGUCCACUCUGGU